AUGGUGGCGGUGAAGCGCAGCGCUCUCUCCUUGCUGGAGGUUUACACCGAGGACUCGGACCUGGAGUGGGACAGCGAGGCCGGCACGGCAGGGAGUGAUGUGGGAGCGCCCGCCAGGGAGAAAGGAGGCCUGGUGUCAGCUGGGUAUGGAGAAGGUGACUUCACCCGCCUGGAUGGGGAUGAGGAAGGGUACGAAGAGGAGAAUGAUGGGAACAGCAGGCAUCCAGAAGAUAACAAUUCACAGACUGAAAAACCUGAGGUUAGUGACUUAAAGGAAUUCCGAGAAGUGGAGGAAAGAGAUCAUCACGAGCUGGUUGCUUCUUUUUCAGAGAGAGUGUGGAACAUGUCUCCAGAUGAGAUCAAAAUCCCUCCUGAGCCUCUUGGCAGAUGUUCUAACCAAUUGCAGGAUAAAAUUAAAAAGCUGUAUGAGUGGAAAAUGAAAGAGGGCAUAGAUAUGAACUACAUCAUCCAGAACAAAAAGGAAUUUCGCAACCCCAGCAUCUAUGAAAAGCUGAUCCAGUUUUGUUCCAUCGAUGAAAUUGGUACAAAUUACCCAAAGGACAUGUUUGAUCCUCACAGCUGGUCAGAGGAUUCAUAUUAUGAGGCACUAGCUAAAGCCCAGAAGACCGAGAUGGACAAAUUGAACAAGGCCAAGAAAGAAUGUACGAAGAUUGAAUUUGUGACUGGCAUUAAAAAAGGUACAACAAGAAGCGCUGCUUCCACAACCACCACAACAUCCAGCACCACUGUGGGAGAUGCCCAGAAGAAGAGGAGGAGGUGCAAGUGA